AUUGGUUUGUUAUUAAUCGAAUAUUUUCUUAUUCUAGUUGACAACAACUUUUGUCUUUAUUUUGUUAAUUUCUGGAAAUUAUACAUAUUGCUUAAAGUAAUAGAAUGAACAUUUCGUUUUAUGUCACAUUCUAAAUUUAAAUUAGUUACUAAAAAAUACUAUUAACCUUAAAUCAGACAAUGCCGACGUCCGUUGAUAAAUUAUAUCAGUAACAAUGGAUCCUCUCGAAGGAUCGGCGCCGAUGAGAAAUCCAGGAAAACAAGAUCUCGAAAGCGAAAUAGUUAAGAGUUGUAAGGGCACAUCAAAACAACGAGGGCAAGGUGACUGCGAAGAAAAUGUGUUUACAUCAAUGUCACAUGAAACAGAUUUAAAUUUUUGCCCUUUGAAUGGCCCAAGACCAAGAAAUAUAAAUUCCUCGACGAACAAUGAGUUUGGACAGCCGUCAAAUCCAUUACCAGAAGGUAAUUCGGAGCAGCACAGUAAUAACAGUCCUCAAAUGUCAAAUAACACUAAAAACACCGCGAAUAGUCCACCCGACCUUGUAAGUAAUAAUAAAUCUGAUAUAACCCCUUGUGAUAAUGGCUUAGAAUCAAGUCAAGAUAAACAAACAUGUAUGAAACAUAAGGUUUGCUUGGAAAAUGUAGGCCCAUUGCACAGUUUCAAUUUAAAUGCACCAUCAACUAGUGGAGCCUCUUCCAGCAAAGUCUACGAAAAUCUACCUGAGAGUAGUACUUUUAGAGAAAGUAGGAAAAGACCAUCAAGCUUAAAGUUAAAUAGGUCUCAUUUUAAUGCUGAAGACAGUUCCAGUGAUACUGGCAAUGAUGAUUAUUCUUUAGGCUCAGAAGAUGGUUGUAUUUAUACAUACAGGGGUGGUGAACACUUGGCAGAUUUGCCAAGUUCAUUCUUUAGUUUGGAUAUGGGAUUGCCUCUUGACAAACAUCUCCCCAUGCCUCCCCAUUACCCUGUUGCUCAACAAGUGGGACCUAUUGCUAGAGAGCAGAGUUCACGUGUAUCAAGUCCAGACAUGGAUUUUCUAGAAAUGGAUUUUGAUCCUGGACCCUCAUGCGAAGUAGAUACUGGAGAUGAGUCUACGCCUGAUACAGAUCUGGAUAGCUCAAACAUGCCUGAAGAAAUUGAGCCUGUUAUAAGAGGAACAUCUCCUGAAUAUUUGCCAGGGCCUGUUCAGCCUCAGCAGAUUGUAGUUGCGUCUACUUCCGCUCAAGUGGUAGAACCACAUUACUGUAAUGUGCCAUCAACAAGCCGAGGUAUAGAAGUAGAGCAGAAUGUGCCUGACAAUGCUAGGGCUGCUCAUGAAUUUGGGCCUUAUAUAACUCACAUUAAUGUGAGGGGAGAACAGUUCUUAGUACACAGGACCACUUCACAAUGGUCAACUACCUAUCAGACUAUUCAUGUGCAUGCGUCUAGUGGAGAUUUGAUAGCACCAAGAGAAAUAUUGCACUAUGAAGAAGAGCAUGCAGAAGAGCCAUUUGCAUAUCAAAUUAACCAGGGUGAGAGGCCUAUCUUUGACUCAUCAAAUAUGUCUUCAACAUAUUAUCAUGUUACUAUGGCUAAAAAACUUUUGACCGAAAGAUUACCAUCUGAAAUGAACAACCAUGAUGCUCCAUCGGUAAAAAAUGAAAAACCGGAAACUGAGUUUGCUGUUUGCAGUGUGGAACCACCUCGGUGCAUGGUGUGGUCGGAACGUGAGGCAUGUGAAAGACAAGUGACACAGAUCGGCACUUCUGCUUGUGGGGCAACAGCUGUUGUCAAUGUCUUUAUUGCACUCGGUGUACCUGUAAAUAUAGAAAGAAUCAAUUCAUGUGUUGGAACAAGACAAAGAGCUAACAAUGCGCCAUUACCAAGAUAUUUAUUAACAAGGGCAGUGGCCGGUUGCACUGCUGCAGAUUUAAUAACUGGUAUCCAGAGGGCCUCAGAUGGCCUUGUUACGGCAAGAUUCUUCCCGACAUACCCAGAAAGGGUAGUUUCUUUAUCUCAUUGGUUAGCUGAUUGGAUAUCACUUGGUGCAGUACCAAUCGUAACUCUUAACCUUCAAAUGGGUUGCGAAGGAGAGAUCCCAGAUGCGUGGCACCAUCAAAUGGUGUUUGGUGUAUCACCUCAGGGGGUAUACUUGACCAACCCCGUAGAAUGUGUUCGUGAGUCGGCGCUCUGGGUUCGGUUGACUUCCCCAUCAGUGUUGCUAGUUCGGACAAGGGAUGUGCUGGCAAGGUUUACGGCUAAUACUGAUCUAACGCCGUUAAUGUUCGUUCCCGAUCAACGGUUUCACACCUUCAAUGUUCUCGGUCAAGUGGUGAACGUGAUCCGCGAGUGGCGGGCAACGGGCUGGUCGGAGCACGGCACGCGCACGCGGCACGUGCGUGUGCCGGCCGCCUACCGCGCCGGCGUCACGGUGGCCGCGCUCACGGGCUCCGAGGCGCACCGCCGCCUCGUGCACGCCGCCUCGCUGCCCCUGCUGGCGCCCGACCCCGACCCCGACCCCCACGGUGAGCCGUGAAGCAACAAAUGUAAAAAGACAUUCAUAUAACUUACAUUAAGGAUAACGAAGUCUCGACGUGACCACUACUCGAAAAUUUAUGGUGAAUUAAAUGUACCACCGAGUUCUGUAAAAUAUUGACCUUUCGGAUCAGAAAAAAAGACCUUUUUCUAUAUUCUAUAUAAAAUGUAAAUUUAAGGUUUAUCAUAAUUAUAUAAGACCUAACAAAUAGAAUAUUGUUUACAGCUUAAAAUAAUGGAGAUAUUAAUAUACAUAUAUUUGUAUUGCUUUAAUUGUUUGAAUAAAAUACGUUUUUAUUUAUUCAAAUACUAUCGAAAUAAACACCAGCUUAUUAUAUAUUUGUAUGUAUGUAAAUGAACUGAUUUAAUUAAUCGCUCAAAAUUUUGUUAUUCAAUGUUUACAGGAUUCAUUGUACUCAUUUAAGGGCUAUGACGAGCCGGUUGGCGUGGUUGGUAGAUACUUGCCUUUCACGCCGAAGGUUGUGGGUUCGAUUCCCACCCAGGACAGACAUUUGUGUGCAUGAACAUGUCUGUUUGUUCUGAGCCUGGGUGUAAUUAUCUAUAUAAGUAUGUAUUUACAAAAGAAAAGUAGUAUAUGUAGUAUAUCAGUUGUCUGGUUUCCAUAGCACAAGCUUUGUACAAGCUUAAUUUCAGAUCAGAUGGCCGUGUGUGAAAAAUGUCCUAGGAUAUUUAAAAUUUUUUUAUUUAUUUCUAUAUAUCAAUUUAUUAGGGAAUGUAAAAAUUAAAAAAAAAAAUCCCAUGUUCUAAUUUGAAUGAAACCAAAAUAGGACAGGGUUUUCGUAACCCAUGUUAUAUUGUAUUGGCUAAAUUUUAUUAGCCACGAGAUAUAUGUGUAAAUAUUUUUUUAAGGAUAUAAUAAUGUAUGUUAGUCAAUUGGUGCUUACUAGUCAAAAUUAUAUUAGCACAUACUAUAUGUAACCAUUUCAACACAAAGUAUAUUGUACACUCGUACUAACAUAAAAGUAAGUUUGUGAAUUAUCCUUCAUAGUUUAGUCUCUGUAAGAAUUUAUUGUAUCACAUUUGGAAUAUGUUAAACUAAUUAAAUAAUGAAAAUUAAUUUUCAUUAUAAAAGAGGGGAUAAUAAGACUUUGUAUCAAGUGUGUCCAGUUGGGAUUUGAAAUUAUAUAAUUAUGUGGAUGUUAAAUUCAAUAGUUAAAUAUAUUCUAAUUUGAAUCUAGUUGAUACUCAUGUUUUUUUUCUUGUUUCAUUGUUUUAAAUACAUUACAGAUGUUGCCAUAAGACAUAUUAUUCUUAAAUUUUUAAUAAGCAUCUUAUCACACUCAUCUGUCAUAUACUUUCCACAUACCUCUCUGUUCAAUACAAUUUUACUUAUGUUUGUUAAUAAAAGUUUUAAGAAUAUUUUAUGUAUUUAUAUUAAAUUUAUCCCAUAAAAUAUUAUUGGACUGGUUUUAAUUAAAGUUAUUUAGAUUUGAGAUAAUCCUAUAAGUAAUUAUAUGAAAGGAAUCCAACUAAUAUUGAAGCUAAUAAACAGUUGACAUUUUUUUGUUUAUAUUUAUUUGAUUUUUUUUUGCUUAUAAAGUUUUAUGCAACGGUUUAUGAAAAGGUUAACUUGAAGGUAUUAAAUAAACUCUUAAUAAUUUUAUUAUGACGAGCGUGGUAAUAUUUAGUUGAAGCAGUAAUACUAGCUGGUCUUUUUUCUUUUUUUUUGCCCUAUAUCGCUGACGGAACUUGCAAUUUAAAUUAAAUUUAUUAUACUCGUUCAAGUUAAUUUUUUUACUAAAAUGACUCCGAAAUGUUAAAUAAUAAAAUGAUUUCCACUGAAUAUGCCUUAGCGACCAGUCAUUUAGAAUUGUUUCUAAUGAUGUAGGAAUUGAUAGUAAAUUUAAUAUUCUAAUGUAUUAUACUAAAUUUAGUGAACUGAACUCAAGAAAAUCUCUUUUAAAUUUAGAAUUAGUAAUUUGUGAGGAAUUGUAAAUUAAAAUAUGUGAUUAGUUGAGUGUGAUAUGACCCUGAAAUUAUAUAGAAAUGUUUGUAUAAGUUUGCGAUGUUGUUAAUUGGUCGUCGCUUCUUACAUUUAGUAUGUAACGGUUGUAAACGGUUACUGUAACUUCACGUAACUUGAUUGAAGCAAUGUUAUCUAUAACAUUAUAUUUUUGGAAUAUACUAUCAUAGAACAUU